GCUCAUAAACGGUCUCAGUUUGACGUAAGUAGGAUUUCGAAGAUGGCGGCGUUGGUUGUUCCUCGCCAGGCCCUUCGUGGCUUCUUUUCAUCGAGGCCCAUCUCAAUUUUUGCGUUACACUGCAGCACCAAGAAUGACUAUAGCACCACAAGUGUGGUUCCAGUCAGAGAGAAGAGCACUGCAGUUGCUGCUUCUGCCAAACCAGCAACUAUAUCCAGCAGCAAGGGUGAAUAUGUCAUCACCAAGCUAGAUGACUUGGUCAACUGGGCUCGUCGGAGCUCUCUGUGGCCGAUGACAUUCGGGCUUGCCUGCUGCGCUGUUGAGAUGAUGCACAUGGCGGCCCCCCGUUAUGAUAUGGAUCGUUUUGGGGUGGUGUUCAGAGCAAGUCCGAGACAGGCUGAUGUCAUGAUUGUGGCCGGUACACUGACCAAUAAAAUGGCCCCAGCUCUUCGGAAGGUCUACGACCAGAUGCCUGAGCCCAGAUAUGUCAUCUCCAUGGGAAGCUGCGCUAAUGGAGGAGGCUACUACCACUACUCUUAUGCCGUGGUCAGAGGCUGUGACAGAAUUGUACCUGUGGACAUCUAUGUUCCAGGCUGCCCCCCCACUGCAGAAGCACUUCUCUACGGAACAUUACAGCUGCAGAAGAAGAUCAAGCGUGAAAGGAAGAUGAGGAUCUGGUACCGAGAGUGAUUGUGUUGUGUGAAUAUUCAAGUUUGAGAAUUUAUUUCUGUGUUCGACUCUAUUGAGAACUGUCAUGAAGUCUUUACAGUUGUCUGCUUCACUGCAUCCUGUUUGUCCUGGGUCAUAUUUUAAAUAAACCAAUAUGAAAAUCA